AUGAAGCCAGGCAAGGUGGUGCCGCCCGUGCCUCUGGUUCGGCCUGAGGCCGUGAAGCCGCUUCGGGCCAUGGCGGCAUGGAUGGUGGGCAAUAGCUACGAGGAAGCGUGGUCCUUCCCCCAUCGACACCUUGAAAUAUCCCUUCUCCUCUUCCUCUUUCUCUUCGCACACGCACUUCCCCACACCCACUUCGCCCCGCUCCCCGUUCAACCCACCCCGGCCUCUCUGCCCAUUGCUGUGGGCAGGGAGCAGCGGGCAGCAGCGCUGCUACGGUGUUUGGAGCGGCUGGGUAGUGCGGCACUGACGCGUGACGAGAUGCUGGUGCUGAUCGCAGCAGAGGAGGCGGUGUGCAGUGACAUCAUCGGGCGCGGCCCCUCCCCCUCCCCCUCGGUGCGGGCACGGUGUCUGACGGGCGUGGUGGUGCCGGCGCUGAAGCAGCUGCACGCGUUUGGCGACAUCAUCGCGGACAUGCCGCGCGCCCCCGAGCACCUCUUCUCGCUGCUCGAGAUGGUGGAGGCGCUGCUCAACCUGCGCCCUGCUGUGAGUCAUUCCCUCAUGCCCCGCCGUGUGUCAUGCACUGUGUGUCAUGCAGUGAGUCAUGACGUGAGUCAUUCCCUCAUGCAGUGGGUGGAGAAGCAGUUUCCCGGGGAGGCGGGCGGUGAGGUGCGGCAGCAUCUGUUGGGCAUCUGUGUGGUGCUGUGCCGCACGGAGGGGGGGGAAGAGAGGAAGGGGGAGGAGGACGGAGAUGGGGGAUGGGGGAGUCAUGGGGAGGAGGAUUUGGACCCGAGCCACAGAUCGGAUGCCAGCCAUCGAUCUCACCACGGGGGCGGUGGGUUGCACAAUCGGAUGGUCAGCGGCAGCGCGUCAAGAGGGAGGGGCAUUCUGGGGGGGCUGCUGCCAAAGAAGGUCAGCAAGGGGCACGAGGAGGGCAAGGGCGAGACGUGGGGGAAGAGCAAGGCAGAGAGCAAGGAGGGUGGGGGGUUGGCGGGGCAGGACGUGGUUGUGAGAGGCAGUCCGGACGUGCACCCUCUGACGAGCUACGUGGUGAACUUCAUCCUGCUCUACUUCAACGAGUGCGUGGCCCCUCCCCCAUGUGAUCGGCACAGUACGCUGUACCUCGGCACGCUGCUGCUGGUGUACGACGAGGGCGGCAACCACCACGAGGGCGCCGUGCGAGUGGGCGCCGCCACGCGCCACCUGCUAGCAGCGCUCAAGGCGAAUCUGGAGCGCAAGGGCGACGCGUUCCAUGACGAGGCGAUGCGCGCCGUGUUCCUCAUGAACAACUGCGAGUACAUCCAGCGCAAGGUGGAGGAGUGA